GUGCGGAUACGAACGGACGAACCUAGUUUAGUUAACUCGAACAAAACUAAAUCGUGAAGGACAGAGACCGAAAACGUCAUCGUUUCAGAUGAGGAGACACCACCACCGAUGUCAAAUCGGCUCCGAUAGCGAAACCGGAUCCGAAUCCGAUUCCGAUACCGACACGGCGAUGCGAUGCAUCUCUUGUCGGGAAGAGUACGUCCCUCGCAACGCUGGAACCUGCAAAGAGUGCUACGUCGAAGCCGGCGAAACUGAGGAAGAACUCAAACGCGAGAUCGAUGACCUCAAAGCUAAAGUUGCUUUCCUUCGCUUAUCUUCUUCUCUCGAUCAUGGAUCCAGCUCAAGCUCUAGAUCCUUCACUGAUCUUGUUCUCAUCGCUUCUCAAGACUCCGCCGGAUCUCCUCCUAUUCCCGCUCAUAAAUCCGUUCUGGUGAGUCGUUCGCCAGUUUUCAAAGCAAUGCUUGAGAAUGAGAUGGAAGAAAGUCUUAGCGGCACUAUCAAGAUCAGCGACGUGUCUUAUGAUGCGCUUCGGACUUUCGUAUAUUAUCUCUACACAGCUGAAGCAUGUCUUGAUGAGCAAAUGGCAUGUGAUCUUUUGGUCAUGUCAGAGAAAUACCAAGUGAAACAUCUCAAGAGUUAUUGUGAGAGGUUUUUGGUAACCAAACUCAAUCCGGACAACUCUCUCAUGACAUAUGCCUUUGCCCACCAGCACAACGCAAAACAUGUUCUCGAUGCUGCUUUGUCGCAGAUUGUAGAAAAUAUGGAAAAACUUACUAAAAGAGAGGAAUACAUGGAGCUUGUGGAAAAGGAUCCUCGUCUUAUUGUUGAAAUCUAUGAAGCCUAUCUCUCGAAACAGGUUAACACAGCAGCUGGAGGAACUAGCACAAGCAAAACUGGUUGAAAAAAAAAAGCUUAUUGUAGUUCUAAAGUGUACAAGAGGUAAAUUCUUGUUUCCCUUCGUUUCGCUUUUAGGUAUAGUAUGGUUAGGCUCAGCAGAACAUGGUUUUGUGAAGCACUAGAAAUUUGCGUUACUCAAAAUUGUUGCAAACUAGUAGGAAGUUUAUUUUAUUUCUUCUCCCUGACAUUGUUGGGGCAGUGUCUGUGUUUUUUA